GCGUGCGAAGGUUCUGGGGAGCUGGCUCCAGACACGGAGAAAGGUCAGCACGAGGACGCGGCCGUGGAGAGAGAGCAGAAGGCGUGUGAGUCGGACUACGCGGAGAUAGGGGAGCCUCACCUGCCUCGCUAUACCGACAUAUUCAAGGAGGGAUCAGGAGAGGAUCCGUUUCACAACGCUAGUGCGCCACCUCUAUACUCGGAGAUUCCCCCUCGGCUGUACGCCAACACGACAGCUGUGCAAUCGGCGUCCACUCGUCCGGCAAACAAAGAGAGUAGCUGUGACGUUCACAUUGUGUCAGACUCUGUGCCAGAGAACGGGGCGCCCCCAGGAGCUAGGACCUCUGAGAGCAACACGAACCCAAAACUUUCUCAGACAGAAGAGAAAAAGUACUACAACAUGAAAGAAAAGAAAAAGAGGAAGAAAAAGAGUCGUGCGAGUAGCCGUGGUGGGGACGUGCGUGGUGGGGACGUGCGUGGUGGGGACGUGCGGAGAGAGGAGAGAGCUCAAGCAUCCGUGUGCAGCAGCUCAAAACCCAACAAACGGAACAGGAGGUCCAGUUCUAGUGUGGACAUGGAGCUCAUGGUGAAAAGUUCCAGUGCCUCGGAAACAUUUGGAAAAACAUCAGAGACUUCGUUAACCAAUGAAAAACGUCGCUCAGCGCCACCUGGGGUCCUGCCGGUGGCUAUCGGGGUCAUUCAUGCCCGGCCCCCGUGGGUCCCCACCAAAUCUCCGUCCUCGACGGGCGGCUGCACCACACAGACUCAGUGCGUCAUUCACGAAGCCCCGCCUCUUCCACCUCGCUGCCCGAUCAACUCGGCAAACUCCAAGCCAAGGACCCCCCCAGGGCACCCCCCAAGGUCAAACAGUCACCCCCCCGUCCCCCGCAGUCACCCCCCAAGGUCAAGGUCAAGCAGCAGUAGCGUGGCUCUCCCCAGUGUGCCAUCUGGCGGAGAGACGUAUCAGAACAGCCGGUUCCAGGCAGCAGACCCCAGUGAGGCUCCGACAAUUCCCCACGCCGCCGCCGAACUUCCGGCAGCUCCCAGCUGUAGGGGUCAUGACUCACCCCGGAGCAGCCCUGACCUCUGUGACACGGAGUGCGCUCACGCUGAGUACUCCAACGCGCCGUGUGAGCAGGACUCACUUCUGCGCACCACGUCAUGCCACUCGGGCUGUGGCAGCGAGCAUUCCUUCGAGGACUGCAGCCAGUGCUCGUACUACGACAAACUCAAAUGUACCACGGGCUCCGAGGGAGACCUGGCAAGUCUGCACACCUACCAGUGUCUCAACGGCAGUAGCCACGACUUGACCUUUGACUCAUCUAUCUCGGGCCAGUUCCCAUCCAAGUCGGAGACGUAUGUCAACGGAUCUGCUGUGCUGCUGUCUCAGAAGCAGAAGUGACCUUGAAAUGUUCACCUGGUAACCUUACGAUGCAAGCAUACUGUACAUACAAACCCAAUCUGUUAGCACCGACAUCGGACACACGUUCUCCUGGCACAUCUGUUUCUCUGCUCACGUAUCAUUUCAUCGACAGAUCUGCUUUAUUUCUCAUGUUGGCAAAGACAGAUCUGAUACUAUAAGUUAUUGGUUGUCUUGAACAAAACCCAGCCAAGCUGCUAAAACAUUUUCUGUGUCCAACAAUUCCAAAUACCAACUUUUGAAAUAGGAGAAUUUGAUGGCCAGCAUUCUGCUCGGUGCAUGAGUGGAAGCUUUCUCAAACAAAACCACUCUAUUGGUGUGUGUGUGUGUGUGUGUGUGUGUGUGUGUGUGUGUGUGUGUGUGUGUAUGUGUGUGUGUGU